AUGGCAGUGGUCGUCGACAGACAUGCGUCCGAGCCUUUCGAGACCAAAGUCGAACAAGCGACAUAUCUUUGCCAGGACGAACAUUCGAGCCGGGGCGCGUUCUGUCUUGUAAAGCGGAAUGGCAACGAGUAUGUUAUCCGAGCACGGGCCCCGGCGAAGUUGCCACCCCAGGCUAGGACCUGGCGGACUCAUACCACGCCUAGCGGAGACGUCAUUUGGCUUGCCGACAACGGCGAAGUACGUGACGCUGAAGCCAUGAAUGAUCUGGGCCAGGAGCUCGGAAUGCUGACCUUCGAGGAGAGACAGCUGGGCCCUGGAGAUGAAGAAGGUUUCGAAUUCUUUCAGGUGGCCGAAGCAGUAUGCAACAGAGCCAUUGCAAGUUCGGAGGUCAAGCCCGAAACAAAAACGAGCAGCUACAAGGUGUGGUCAGCACAGAUUGAAAAGGAGGCAUAUAAGGCCGAGGCAAGAGCAUUGGAUGAAGCCGUGGAGUGUGAAAUUGAGGAUGAUAGCCAUGUCCAGUUGGAUGGCCUCAAUCCUGGAGAUCCUUUGCCAAAAGCGUUACCAUCAAAACUGGUGAUCACAGCCAAGCCAGACGGGAUCCCUGGACCUGAUGGCAAAGUUCCUCCAGUACGACUUGAAGACGGAGACACGUACCGAGCAAAGGUACGCCUCGUGGCAUGCGGAAACUAUGAUUAUGAUGUUCGCAGAGGGGAUCGGAAGUUUAAGUCAAGCAAUGUUCCUCCCGAAGCCAUUCGAGCAAUCGUCAGUCUGGUGGCCCAAAACCCUUCCUGGGUCUGCGCUUUGAUGGAUAUUGUGACGGCUUUCUUGAAUGCUGAUUUAGACGAUUCCGAAGUCAUCUUGUUGCAUCCGCCACCCAUUCUCCGAAGACUUUCCAAAGCAGCUGAAGAUGAAGUUUGGCUUGUGCGGAAAGCGGUGUAUGGACUUCGUGCCGCACCAAAGGCCUGGGAGAAGGCCCGAGGUGCGAAGUUGAACAACGCAGUGUUGAAGCCAGGAGCUGAGGACAAGCUGGGAGAGCUGGCAUUGGUGCCAUGGAACCUCACAGCGGGCCUAUGGCGAGUGGUUCGAGCUAAUAAUCCUGGUGAAGUUUUGGGAGUUCUGGGAAUGUAUGUAGACGAUGGGAUUCUAGCAGGGUUGCCGGAGGUGGUGCAGCGUGUUGGAAGUUUUAUCCUUGAAAACUGGAACACAAAACUUCAAGCCGUACUGUCCAAUGCAACGUUGAAUCUUCACGCUGGAGAAGCCUUUAAAAUUGCUGGAAAAUCCGUAAAAAUCGUCCAGGAGACUACAUUUCUUGGUAUCCAGAUUCGGCGACUGGAGGAUGGAUCACUUUUUCUGACGCAAGAGAGCUGGAUCAAGAGGGAACUGCAGGCAAGAGGCUGGAAAGUCCUUAACGGAACCAAGUCACUGCCGAGCAUCAACGAAG